AAAGCGGACUUCUGAUUGGGCCACCUCAUCGCCAAGACUAGCAUGGCUGACAUGAACAUGUGUGCCGGUGUUUUCCUAAUAUUUUUGACCGUUUUGCACCUUGUGCAAAGCGACAUUGUUAAAGGUUCGGUACCGCUUAAUUCAGGAGUGUUUGACAAAAUCAUCAGCAAACAUCAAGUUGUUCUGGUCAAGUUUGAUGAAACCUAUCCUUAUGGUGAAAAGCAAGAUGAAUUCAAGAAGGUUGCCGAAGCAAGUUUUUCCCAGCCGGACCUCCUUAUUGCAGAGGUUCAAAUUGCAGAUUAUGGUGACAAAGAUAACGCUGACUUGGGCGAGAGAUUUGGCAUAAAGAAGGAGGAUCAUCCUGUCUACAAGAUGUUUGUGAAAGGGAAAGACAAGCCACUCACAUUCCUGGGAAAAGAUAAGAAAGCAGAUGAUGUAAAAAAAUUCAUCAUGAAGGAGUCUGGUUUGUGGCUGGGUCUCCCCUCCUGCCUGGAGGAGUUUGAUCAGCUGGUGAAGGAGUUCCACGCCGCUAGUGGUGACGCCAAGAAGAAGGUGAUCGAGAAGUCCGAGGCCUCCGCCAAGGCAAUCUCAAAUGAAAGCGAGAAAACCUCAGCUGAAAUUUAUGUCAAAACAAUGAAAAAGGUUUUAGAAAAAGGGGAAGGGUUUAUUGACUCAGAAAUAGAACGGGUUGAAAAAUUAAAGGACGGAAAAGUCAGUGACAAAAAGAAAGAACAGUUGGGAAACCGCCUAAAUAUUCUGACAUCUUUCCAGCUGAGAAUAAGGGAUGAGCUUUAAGUUGGUGAUUUGGGUUGAAUUAUGCAUCCAGCUUUCAAUCUAAUGCAAAUGUUUUAUUUUGUCAUUUACUCUUAAGCGUUUUAACAAACAUAUCCUUUCCUUGAUUUCAAUCUUUUUCUAACUUGAGAUUUGUGCACCAGUCUUACAACUGCUGAAAGGUUAUCACUUGAAUACAACAGAACGUUCCACUUCACUGCUUGCACUACAGGUGCUGAAAAGAAAACACGCUGACUUUGAUUCUGUGAGUGAUCUUUGGCCCAUGGUUGCCUAAUGCUGGUACAGGGAGGUAGAGCUGGUGUUGGUUGUCAAAUGCCCAUCUGUUUGUGGUAAUGACUAAUUAGCGACACUUAAUUUGAGAGAAUCUUACCAGUCAGGAUGGCUAAUGCUUUGGUGAUUCUGCUUCCGAUUGUUAUUUUGAUAGCAACAUGUGUUUUCCCAUAUGUUGUGAAAUUCAUGUUUUUUACAAUUUAUGGAAUCCUUGGGAUCUCAUGUUUGUAAUUUCUAUUUAGAAGUGAAACAUAAAUAUGUCCCUAGACUUACACUGUUUUGUGUAAUACUGGUUUGAAAUAUCCAGCUACGACAGGGUACUGUGUGACACGGAUCGUUACAACAGGGUUCGAUUUCAGGAAUGUGAUUUAACUUGCGUGUUGACAUGAAAAAUAAGUUACACCAGACAUUACCAGGUUGCACCCUGAUCCAUAAAUUGAUCAAAUUUGAAACAUAGGUGCAUAAACUAGUCUGAAUAUGUACAAUCUCGGAUCUCUCAAUGACCGUGUCAUGAAUUACAAACAACACGGAUUAGUGACGUAAUAAGGUAAAUAAAGCUAAGGAGAUAUUGAGUGUUCAAAGAUUGAUGUGUGGACAAGGAUUAGUUGGACACAAUUUCUUUUUUACAUGCAUUUGGUACAUGUAGACAUGAACAUUAGGUUGCGUUUUUCGAUAAUAGGUUGCACUGACGUUUUAUAUAGUUAAAUCGAGCCCUGUUAUAUGCAUAUAAGCAUAUCGAUGUACGUGUGUUGCUAGCUGAGCUUACCAAAGACCAUGAAGGAAGUCGCCAUAUAUUUUCCCAUUGUUUUGUCUAUCACUGUGAGUAAGGAUGUUUUGGAACUAGUUGUCAUGAGGUCAUUUAUUUGCAUCGGAUUACACUUGUUGCUGAAUUUAUCAACAUGAAUCUUUGAUAGGCCCCUCUGUUGUUUGAACUUCUUCAUGUGCAGCAGAAUAAGUGGCGAUGGUCACAGUUUUGGUCAUGACAAAUAGGUAUCCAUGUUUGAUACUGCCUCUUCAUCAUUUGUGUAGAAUAGUAAUAUUUUACAAAAUUGUUUUUUCACACUGGAAAUGCAGGAGUGGUAAUUUCCAUUUGCUUACAAUAUUUGGUCAGUAUUGUGCAUUUAUUUUAUCUUCUUGUGGUUACAUUUUACUAUUGUUAUUGUCAUCAUAAUAAGUUAUUGUUGUGGUAAUGUACCAGUAGUAUAAAAUUAAGGAUUUACAUUGCAUACUCUUGUAUUAGACUCAUCUAGAACGAGACAGUGUAGGACCCAGCUGUUGAUCGCGUACCUGUAUUGCUACCAAAACUUUGCGGGCAAAGACUGAAGAAGUUGAGUCAGCUCUCUUCAUAGACAAUGUGCUGUGAUUGGUCUUUAUUGUAAGGUUAAUUGAUUUGGGUUCAUUCUGAUUGAGGCACCUGAGGGUUUCAUAUUUGUAAUACAUGGGUAUUGUAAAUCCACUUAUAUUUUGUAAGUUUAUGAUUUAUUUUAUAGAUUUCUUUUGAGAUGGAACUGUGAGCACAACAAUGGUGUCUGACAAUUGUUCAAUGCAAAUGUUUUAAAUUAUUAUCAGCAAGCAAUGCUUUUGGUAAAUAUGGCCGGUGAGAAUUAAGUACCUGAUUAUCAGUGGGUAUCUGGUAUCUUGAUCACAAUCAAUAUUGUCUCACCACCAUUGUCAAGCUGAAUCAAAUCGCUUCCUACAUAGGAUACUUUUGUUACGACUUUUUACUGCCCAGCAGGGAAUCUGUUAAACUAAUAUUAUUGACUGAACUUUAGAGAUUGUUUUAGUUUGAGGGCAUGAAUGAUUGUUGUAAGAUCGACCAAUGAAUGUUGUGUGUGGGAUAUGUCAAGUAAUAAAAGAAUUCCUAAACAAA